CUUACCCUGCGAGUCAUCGCUGAGGGUUUAAAGCAUAUGUUUUUGUUUCGUGUGCAGUCAUUUGUGUUGAUCUUUUUAUUACUUUGAUUUGCAGUGACUCUUCCCGCAGGAACAUUUCUAUGGGACAGCACUUAAUUGAGACUUCCAGUAAUGUCAGGUUGCUCGGUUAUCCCUCUGACGUUACCGCAGCGGGACGGGGGCGCGAGGAGGAUUCGUUUCAUUCACCUGGUGGGUCUGACAUCGUUCAGACUGACAGAGAGCACCAAACAGGGUUCAACGAUUCCGCUCUAUUUGGGAGCCGAUCUCCUCUCAAAGACUGAUGUGCGUACAGAAAACCAUCCAAGACACCAUGCCAAGUUUGCCAAGAAAGGCCUUGCAACAAAAAUAACUUUUUCCUCAGCUUUCAGGUUUCACGGCUUGAAGGUACCCUCUGCAAAUAACAGCCUGUGGUUCUACAGCAUUCAGGGACUUUUUCGAGUAGCCUUUGAGUUGUACAGUAAGCAAGAUCAGCUUGCUGUGCUGGAGAAUUUCCAGGAUGUCUGGAAAGCACAGAUCAGUGACAGCCCUCUGGAAGUGAGUUACAGCCUCAGCGUGCAGCUGGACCCUUCAGGGUCGCUCAGCCAGCGUGACUCACAAUCAAAGGGUGUAAUAUCACAGCCUCCUUAUUUCCAGGCUGACAAGGACGUGGUAGAUGUUAGUAGCAUGGACACUGCUGACACAUCAGCAGAUCAUGAUUAUUGUUCUCUUCCCAAGCAGAGCUUACAAUCUGAGCAAAGAGAAGUAGUAAUAUCCACAGUGAGACAAAAAUUGCACCGCUUGGAUGAACAGUUCUCCUCGGAGCCUCGAAGCUGCUCAGAGCAGCUGGAGACGGUCUUGCUGCUUUUGGAGAACAUUGAUCGCUACAUAAAUGGGAGACUUGAAGAAAAAGAUGCGACGGAGAUUGUGCUGGCUCUGCUAAAGGCCAAAGACUGGGGCCCAGUGUAUUCAAGCAGCCUGCUCACUUGUAUAGGACGUUGGCUUGGCCAGCAGUUUCAUGCAGCCAACAGCAGCAUCAGCCAGAAGGUGGAGGGCUUUAAACUUCAGCACAUUGAGCGCAUCAGCGACCUGCCACCUGCUGAGGAACUAGCCACAGAGCUGUUCCCUGAAGCGAUGCGGACGCUGCUGCUUCACUGGAUGGGCUUAAGUGAGGACUUCAGCCUUGAAAAGAGACGCAGCGAAUACCCAAUCCUGCUCCUCAUCCUCGAGUUUGCCAACCACAACCUCAUCACUGGCGUAGCUCAUGUGUUGUACUCCAGUCUUAUAUGCAGGUAAAAGUGUCAACAUAAGACCUGUUUUUCAAUGGAACAACGUUUUAUAUUCAAAUAAAGGUUUAUUUUGUG